AUCUAGUAAUGUAUCGUGUUAGCUAGCUAUAUCGCCCGAUAGUAAAUAACCCAAUUCGAAUUGCUAGCUAGGUAUAUCGGGUAGUAUAUUGAGUUAGCUAGCUAGAUCGCCCGAUAGUUGAUAUUUUUUUUCUCCUUGGGCUAUUUUACGAUCAAGAGUCAGAUUUGAAAUUUGUGAUAAUUUCCGAAAAGCGUUCAUAACUCAGCCUAGGAACAUUGUUUGACUUCGAACUAACAUCAGAUACUAUACAAUGUCAGUAGACUAGCCAUCUAAAGUAUGAAGGUUAGCUAUUGUAUGGUUCCAGAAAUCUACUGUGAACAAGAAGAUUCUGAUAUAACACAUAUAUGAAACGAAGCUUGAGCUAAACGUCGUCCUUUCUAAUGCAGAAUCUUCAUUCAAUCUACGUCACAAUCAUGCUAAUAUAUAGUCAUGGAAACCUAAGCCAACAGAAAACGCAGUUAAACCUUUGUCAAGAUUUCACCCUUGAACUUUGCUUAGAAAAAUAUAGAAAGUAAAGAAGAUGCAAAAUAAGUGAAACAAAUGUGAGCGAGAGUUAUAUCUUAUGAACCAUCCAUUCAACAAGGCUUACACUUGCUGGAUGAUGUGCAUCCAAUGAGAGCUAUGAUCAUACAAAAUUAGAAGCCCUUAGCUAUCAUCGUUCGAAAGACCGGACAAUGGCCAUAAUUUUACGAACUGUUGAAAAUAUAUUGUUACCUGUCUGAAAGUAUAUUUAGUGGUAUGCUUGGCAUUACUCAAAUUCAGACAUCUGUAAUAAUUUUGUUAAUAAAUACUGUCAUGAUAUUUUUCGGUUUAGUACCGUUUAAAAUUGAUUUACGACAGAUCAUAAGAGUAAAAACGCCAUCACCAUCGUGCCCUUAUAUUGGUAACAGAUCUUAUUGUCUAAUCAUUAAGGGGAUUCAAUUGGGACGUUUGGGCAAUAAUCUGUUUACUUUAGCCAGUACCUAUGGUCUUGCUCGAACUCAUUCAUGUUAUUUGUAUGCGGAUGGCGGAUGGCAAUCAUAUUUAUAUUUCGUCAAUUAUACGAACGAAAUUCGACAACUAUUCACAUUUCGGUCACAUAUCGUGAGUGAAGUAGCUGUAUUCUUUCGUUAUAUUUAUAAAAAUCGCACAGAAACUAGUUCAAAGAGACACGUCACACAGCUUGAGUUAAAAAAUGAAAUUAUUUCAUCCGGAAAUACAUGGGUCGGAGUCCACAUUCGAAGAGGUGAUUAUCUACGCGGUGGUAAGAACGUGUCAUCGUCAAAUUUCAUCCUGAAUGCUAUGGAUUAUUUUGUUAAAAAAUAUGGAAAUAAAACCAUAUUUAUCCUUACCAGUGACGAUAAACGUUAUUGUAAGAUAACAUUUGGAAAUCUAACAAACACUUAUAUCUCACCAAAUACAUUUUCACCGGCUGAAGAUCUAGCUAUACUGACUAUUUGUCAACAUACAAUUUUUACUAUAGGGACUUUUGGAUGGUGGGGUGGCUUUUUGUCUAGUGGUGAAGUAAUUCAUGAUAUAAAAUCUCCUAAAGAUCCUAGACCACGGGAAGUUGGUUGCGCAAGAGAAACAUAUUUUGCCCCUUGGUUUUCAUAUUUAAAUACAACAACGUAG